AAACAUUGUUGUCAAUUUAGUACAUAAUUAUUUAUUAUUUUAGAAAAAUAAGAAGACGCUACCUACGCUUGUUCUAUUGUUCUUUCUGGCUGUGUCUGUACAAUUAUAAUUAAAGUAUUACUUGUAUUAUGUUGGUUCAUAUUUAGUUUGUGGCUGAUUCUGGCUUUCAUCAAUAAAGUUAGUUCAUUACAGCUAAGUUAGCUGCCGCCUUACCGGAUUUUUAGGCAAAAUUCGAAGUGGAAAUAUUUGUGUAUGUCAUAGAGAUAUUUUUAACAAAUCAAAUUCAAUAUGGAUUUACAAACUUCUCAUUUAGCUGCGGCAUUAAUGUCUGGAUCUACGUAUAAUUCGAUACCAGAGGCUGCACCUGCUCUUGCAGUGACUGAAGGAAAUAAGUCGGAACAAUCUAAUGAAACCCCUAAAGAACCAUCCGACGAGGACAAAGAAGAGAUUGCCAGUGGAGAGGAAUAUACUGAUGAGGAAGCUGAAGCUCAGGCUGGCAGCAAGUCUAUGCCAGGUCGAGGUGUUACAUUACAAAUGUUGUUAGAAGAAAAAAUGCUAGAACCUGGCACAGCUGCAAUGACUAUAGAAUACUUGGGACAAAAAUUUGUUGGAGAUUUACAAUCUGAUGGAAAAAUAAAAUCCCAUGAGACAGAGACUAUUUUCUGCUCUCCAUCCGCUUGGGCCAUUCAUUGUAAGCGUAUAAUCAACCCCGACAAACGGUCUGGAUGUGGCUGGGCUUCUGUCAAGUACAGAGGAAAGAAACUGGACACUAUCAAAGCAACUUAUCUUAGGAAGAAGCAGCUUCAACGUGAAAAUAUGCAUAGUGAUGAGGAGACAGAAAUGGAGGUAGAGAAUCCUCCUGAACCACCACCACAAAGGAUAGUGAUGAAACACAACACUGUACCUAACAGAAUGAUGCAACAUGAUACCAACAUGCUGAUAGAAGCUGUGUCAUUUUCCUCAGUGGGUAAAGUGCAGCCAUUCCUUGUCUCUGUAAGUUCCAAUGCUUGUUUAAUUCUUGACAUACACUGCCAUUUGAAGAAGGAAGAAGUUUAUGGAUAUUUAGCUGGAACCUGGGAUCUCAAUAGUCACAACUUAAUGAUUACUCAUACAUUCCCUUGCCUUGUGAGUAAGAACGACACCCGUCCAAGGGUCAUGGUGGAGCUUGACAUACAAAUGGAGAUUGAAAAACUUGGUUUAACACUGCUCGGGUGGUAUCACUCCCAUCCCACCAAUCCCGCUAUGCCAAGUUUGAGAGAUUGCGACAACCAGCUGGAAUACCAGAUAAAAAUGCGAGGCCCAUCUGAAAUAUCUUACAUUCCAUGUAUUGGAGUUAUAUGCUCACCAUACAACCCAGAGAGCCCUGUGUUGGAAUCAUCUCUCACUUACUUUUGGGUCAUGCCACCACCAGAACAAAGGCCUACUGAAUAUCCAAGACCUUUGCUACUUCAAUAUAACUUGAUACACGAUAGUCACUUGUCUAAACAUGCCAUGGAGCAAAUACGGAAUUGUAUUAAAUACUAUUUCACAUUUGCCGACGAAACAUUCAUUAACUUUAAAGACAAUUUUAAACCAGAUAUCACAUAUCUAGAUAAGUUAAAGUGUACUUUAAGUGCGAAAUUCCCUCGGGAACAAAGUGACGGGCUGCUAUGGCAUUUCAUCCGCGAUGAGCUUGGAUGCUCUUCAGAAAACGACGAUAAAAUGGAUUUAGAUGCGCUAUUGGCAGUACCUCAACCUAUACCUGUUUCUAAACCGAAUCAAAGUACAUCAGUACCUAAUUUCCCUUCUGUCAGUACUUUGCAACAGAUGGUGAGCCGGCCGGCAGGGGUGCCACCUAUUAAUGUUUCGUCUGGGAUCGGUUCUCCUCAUAAAUUCGAAUCAUCUCAACUCAACAUUCCAGUGUUGCCUACUUCUUCUAAAUCUUCUAAGUCAUCUACUCCAUCUCUUCCAUCUGGUUACCCGAGUGGGUUGGAUAUGCUCACAAGCAUGGCUCUAGGUUUGGGGACUUCGAAUCUCCCCUUGCCUUUGACCGGUAGUGGUUUAGAUAAUUUAGCCGCCGCAAACAGUAUGUUGACGGGAUUACCUUCAAGCUUAUCAGCAAGUUUAUCGGGUUCAAAAUUACCUGAUCCACCAUCUUAUGCUGCUUCAUUGCAAAAUUUGACCAGCAGUAUCGGAAGCUAUGAUAAAGCAUCUACCAGCACGUCCACAAGUAGUUCUUCAGCGACUCCAAUCCCAGCUAGCAUAGCUUCAAACCUUAUGAUGAGUUCAGCGGAUAUUGCCAACGCUCUCUUUUCGGCUAGCAAAUAUUCCAGUGCCGGGAUACUGGGCAUUCCAGACCCCAUGUCUAAAUCGACUUUAGCGGCAAACAAUAUGUUUUUGUCGCCAUCUUUGAUGAAAAUGCAAGAAUCUCUAAUGAAGCCUUUAACCAACAGUAGUCCUAUUUCUGCCAAAGUCGGACUAGAUCAAAGCGCUUUGAUGAAAUCGCCCCAUGAUUUGUUAAAGGGUAACAAAGAUUAUUUGCCACCUGAUUUCGGAAGUGUCGGAAAAGGUAAACCAGAUAGUUCUUCUUUAGAUCAGAUGAAACAUACAGAUGUUGGAAUGAGCUCGAAAAGUGAAAGUACAAAAUCAGACCCAAUGGAUAUGUCGACAGACUUCAGUCUGCCAUCACGAGUAGGUGGUGAAUCUUUUUUGAAUCAAAUGCUAGAAUUAACAAAGAAGACUACAAUGCCGGAUUACAUGUCAGACUAUGGACAGCCUUUGAAAAUGCCCAAGCCUGAAGAUCUAGCGGCAUCUGUGCCGCCGUCUAGUCAUUCGUAUUUAAAUACAUCCAGUAUUGUGGAUACCAUAGCCCAGGUCGCCAUGGGCAAUUUCUCAAAGCACGACGAAUCUUUGGACUACAGCAAGGAACAAGACUACACCACUAAUAAGAGCAACAUGAGUGAAAGUGAAAAUUAGUUUAAUUAAUCACAUUUGAAAAUUAGCUUUACAGUUUAGUAAAAUUACAGUUAAGUAUCCUCAUAUAAUAUAGAGAAUAUGUGAUCUUAAGUACGUUGUAUGUAAACAAUGAUUGCAGGUUUUAUUUCCAGACUGAUUUAGUAUGUUCUCUUAAUCGAAUUUGUCAGUAUUUGAUGAGUUUAUAAAAUUACAAUUCAUUAACAUCAUUGUCUAAGAUAGAACGUAGUUUAUAAUUUGUAUUGUGAUAUACAAUAAUAUUAUUAUUAGAAUGGCUGUUUCUACUGGAUCAGACGAGAUAGCAAGUCUGCACAAAAUAAAACGUGAGCACUUGUGUAUUACAAUUUUCGACUGUUUUGUCCAUAAUAGUUUUUCAAUUACAUUUUAAAGGUACUUUUUCUCCCAAUUGAAUCAUCGUAGUGUAAAUAUGGUAUAACUUACUCAUAAAAUAUCUUGAAUAACCUAAACUAGCGGCGUUUUAUAUAAUUACGUAGUUAAUUAAUAAUUUAAUAGUCGCAUGACGAAGCAUUUAUAUUUAAUUUAUUUUAUUUUUAACGUUUAUAAAGAUAAGACAUUGUAUUCCAAUUAAAUAUUUUUUACUUAU